CUGUAUUUGUGCAGCUUUUGUCGCCUAGCCAGAUUUCCCCUCUCAGCUUACAGAUCUGGAAUCAUAACAUAAGAUAUUGAACCAGCAAAUGAAGAAAAAAGGAAGUUUGCAUUUUGGAGCCAAUUGAGUGAAAACGUGGCUUCUGGUUUGUUUCACUGUGUUUGGCCACGACCACUCUACUAACUUUCCCCCUUCUUCACAGCAGAAUGGAAAUGAGGAAAGGAAAUCAGCUGACGCAGGAGCCGGAGUGAGACCGAUGUGCCCACAAACCCAGCCUGCACCAUGAACUUGUGUCUCCCUUCUGCGCUUUAAGAGCCAAGGGCAGGUGAAGUUGCUGGAGAGCAAUGGCUUUCUUUACUCCGUGGAAGUUGUCCUCUCAGAAGCUGGGCUUUUUCCUUGUGACUUUUGGCUUUAUCUGGGGUAUGAUGCUCCUGCAUUUUACCAUCCAGCAGCGAACUCAGCCUGAGAGCAGCUCCAUGCUGCGUGAGCAGAUCUUGGACCUCAGCAAGAGGUACAUCAAGGCGCUGGCAGAAGAAAACCGGAAUGUGGUGGAUGGGCCAUACGCCGGUGUCAUGACAGCUUACGAUCUGAAGAAAACACUUGCUGUGCUUUUGGAUAAUAUCUUGCAGCGCAUUGGCAAGUUAGAGUCAAAGGUGGACAAUCUUGUAAUCAAUGGCACGGGAACAAACUCGACCAACUCCACCACGGCUGUUCCCAGCUUGGUAGCACUUGAGAAAAUUAAUGUGGCAGAUAUCAUUAAUGGAGCUCAAGAAAAAUGUGUAUUGCCUCCUAUGGAUGGCUACCCCCACUGCGAGGGGAAAAUCAAGUGGAUGAAAGAUAUGUGGCGCUCGGAUCCCUGCUACGCAGACUACGGAGUGGAUGGGUCCACCUGCUCUUUCUUUAUUUACCUCAGUGAGGUUGAAAACUGGUGUCCUCAUUUACCUUGGAGAGCAAAAAAUCCCUAUGAAGAAGCUGAUCAUAAUUCAUUGGCGGAAAUCCGUACAGAUUUUAAUAUUCUCUACAGCAUGAUGAAAAAGCAUGAAGAAUUCCGGUGGAUGAGACUCCGGAUCCGGCGAAUGGCUGAUGCAUGGAUCCAAGCAAUCAAGUCCCUGGCAGAAAAGCAGAAUCUUGAAAAGAGAAAGCGGAAGAAAGUCCUUGUUCACCUGGGACUCCUGACUAAGGAAUCUGGAUUUAAGAUAGCAGAGACAGCUUUCAGUGGUGGCCCUCUUGGUGAAUUAGUUCAGUGGAGUGAUUUAAUUACAUCUCUGUACUUACUGGGCCAUGACAUUAGGAUUUCAGCUUCACUGGCUGAGCUCAAGGAAAUAAUGAAGAAGGUUGUAGGAAACCGAUCUGGCUGCCCAACUGUAGGAGACAGAAUCGUUGAGCUCAUUUAUAUUGAUAUUGUGGGACUUGCUCAAUUCAAGAAAACUCUUGGACCAUCCUGGGUGCACUACCAGUGCAUGCUCCGAGUCCUGGACUCAUUUGGCACGGAGCCAGAGUUCAACCAUGCUAACUAUGCCCAGUCUAAAGGCCACAAGACGCCCUGGGGCAAAUGGAAUCUGAACCCACAGCAGUUUUAUACCAUGUUCCCUCAUACCCCAGACAACAGCUUUCUGGGAUUUGUGGUUGAGCAGCAUCUAAACUCCAGCGAUAUCCACCACAUUAACGAAAUCAAAAGGCAGAACCAGUCCCUUGUGUAUGGCAAAGUGGAUAGCUUCUGGAAGAAUAAGAAAAUCUACUUGGACAUUAUUCACACGUACAUGGAAGUGCAUGCGACCGUUUAUGGCUCCAGCACGAAGAAUAUUCCCAGUUAUGUGAAAAACCAUGGCAUCCUAAGUGGGCGGGACCUACAGUUUCUUCUCCGAGAAACCAAGUUGUUUGUUGGACUCGGGUUCCCUUAUGAGGGCCCAGCUCCCCUGGAGGCCAUCGCAAAUGGAUGUGCUUUUCUGAAUCCCAAGUUCAGCCCACCCAAAAGCAGCAAAAACACAGACUUUUUCAUUGGCAAGCCAACACUGAGAGAGCUGACAUCCCAGCAUCCGUAUGCUGAAGUGUUCAUUGGCCGGCCCCAUGUUUGGACGGUUGACCUCAGCAAUCAGGAGGAAGUGGAGGAUGCCGUGAAAGCAAUUUUAAGUCAAAAGAUUGAGCCAUACAUGCCAUAUGAAUUCACAUGUGAGGGGAUGUUGCAGAGAAUCAAUGCUUUCAUUGAAAAACAGGAUUUCUGCCAUGGGCAGGUGAUGUGGCCGCCCCUCAGUGCCCUGCAGGUGAAGCUCGCCGAGCCCGGACAGUCCUGCAAACAGGUGUGCCAGGAGAACCAGCUCAUCUGCGAACCUUCCUUCUUCCAGCAUCUCAACAAGGACAAAGACAUGCUGAAAUAUGAGGUGAUCUGCCAAAGCUCAGAGCUGGCCAAGGACAUCUUGGUGCCCUCCUUCGACCCCAAGAACAAGCACUGUGUGUUUCAAGGUGACCUCCUGCUGUUCAGCUGUGCGGGCGCCCACCCCAGGCACCAGAGGGUCUGCCCCUGCCGGGACUUCAUCAAGGGCCAGGUGGCUCUCUGUAAAGACUGUCUAUAGCGGCCACUGACUCGGCCCCACACGCACUCUGCUGGGGAAACGGUGGCCCCAACACCAUCGGGGCAGGGCCAGGGGGCAGACGUCAUUCAGGGACUCUUGCCAGAGCCUGAACUUGAUGGUGGAAGGUUUCAAUUUGGUAUUGCUCCUUCUGCGGUCAGAGCACCAUGGCAGAGUUUUCCCCAAAGUGAAACAAGAGCAGAUGUCAAGUGGGGAGCCUGGCUUCUCGCUGGCACAACUUCAUUUUUUAUUUCUUGAGGAGACUGUGUCUAUGAGGCUGCUCCGAGGUAGAAGGAGAGUCUCAAGAUGCAUUUAAAACAGAACCAGAGGAGGAAUGGAGCUUGUCGGAAAGAACUUGAUAUGGGAACAUUCCUAAACCCAUUAACUUAUUUAUUUGGGUGGG